CUGUGAAUUGCGCGGUGCCCGCUUCGGAGAGCAGCGCUACAGCUUCGGUCACCCUCCAUCUUGUAGAUGCUGAAACUACCGAGGAUUAUACUGAAACGAAAACUCGGUUUAAAAGGGUGACAGGCUUUCGGGGGGAAAUUCAUCGCGCCACCAGCAGCAGACGUGCAUGUCAACAUGAGCACUCUGAACGUGAAAAAGCUCAAAGUCAACGAGCUGAAGGAGGAGCUCCAGCGCCGCGGCCUGGACACUCGCGGGCUGAAGGCGGACCUGGCGGACAGACUGCAGGCGGCACUGGACGCCGAAGCUGCCGGAGGCGCUCAGGAGGAAGAGGAGGAGGAAGAGUACGAUGCGGGCGAAGAAGACGCAGAAUUUGCCGGUGAGGAGCCUGACGAUGAGGGAAGCAGUGCGCCUCAGUAUGAUGAUGGAAACAGUGGUGAUCAGUACCAGGAGGAGGAUGACCAGGUCAAUGUAAACAAUGAGGAAGAUGAUGGCAAUGAGAACAGUCCAGAGGCUCCUGUGUCUGGUUUUGGAAUGACUGACUUCACGUCAGAUGUGAAUCAGCAGAUACAGCAGGGAUUUCAUGAGGCCGUUCAGGAGUAUGGGGAUUCUCAGCUGAAACAGGAGUGUGAGGAGCCGGCCAUUGAACAGCAGCAGUAUGAGGAACCACAGGAGCAGCAAAAGGCAGAGAGGCCACAGGCAGGUCAGUCUCUGGAGCAAGCAGCCAAUAAACAAGGUAAAACAGAGCCAAAGAAGGAGGAAGACGCACCUGAGCAGGCCAAAACUGCAAAUGAAUGGAAGCCUGUGGAAGGAGACCCGUCAUUGCAGGUCAAGACAGAAGAUGAUCGAAACUCAUCGCACAGUCGUAAAAGGCCCUAUGAUGAUAGCCGUGGAUAUGGAUAUUAUGAGCAUCGUGAAGACAGGAGGGGGCGUUCGCCACAGCCCCCGGCUGAGGAAGAUGAGGAAGACUAUGAUGACAGCCUUGUGGCCAUUGACACUUAUAAUUGUGACCUGCACUUUAAAGUGGCUCGUGACCGGUACAGUGGCUACCCACUUACCAUUGAGGGUUUUGCAUACCUUUGGGCAGGUGCAAGAGUUAGUUAUGGUGUCACCAAAGGACGUAUAUGCUACGAAAUGAAGAUCAAUGAGGAGAUCUCUGUAAAACACCUCCCAACCAGUGAGCCUGAUCCUCAUGUGGUGAGAAUAGGGUGGUCCCUGGACUCCUGUAGCACCCAGCUUGGAGAAGAGCCUAUGUCCUAUGGCUAUGGUGGAACUGGCAAGAAAUCCUGUAACUGUAAAUUUGAGGAUUAUGGGGAGAAGUUUGGUGAAAAUGAUGUCAUUGGUUGCUACCUUGACUUUGAGAGUGGAGGACAAGUGGAGAUGGCGUUUUCCAAGAAUGGCAAGUGGCUGGGUACGUGUUACCACAUCUCUCGUGAAGCAUUGGCUGGCCGAGCUCUCUUCCCACAUGUCCUGGUGAAGAACUGCUCCAUAGAGUUCAACUUUGGCCAGAGAGAGGAACCCUUUUUCCCCCCACCUGAGGGCUUCACCUUCAUCCAGGAUUUGCCGCUGCAGGACCGCACCAGAGGAUCCCUGGGGCCUGCAACCAAGGCAGAUUGCGAGAUGCUGAUGAUGGUGGGACUGCCUGGCAGUGGAAAGACUACUUGGUCCAGCAAAUACUCGGAGCAGCACCCAGAGAAGAAAUACAAUAUUCUGGGCACAAAUGCCAUCAUGGAAAAAAUGAAGGUAAUGGGACUCCGUCGCCAGAGGAACUAUGCUGGGCGCUGGGAUGUGCUCAUCCAGCAGGCUACACAGUGCCUCAACCGCCUCAUCCAGAUCGCCGCCCGCAAGAAACGCAACUACAUCUUGGACCAGACAAAUGUAUAUGGAUCAGCCCAGAGACGAAAAAUGCGUCCUUUUGAAGGGUUUCAACGCAAGGCUAUUGUAAUUUGUCCCACGGAUGAGGAUUUAAAAGAGCGAACGUUAAAGCGAACUGAUGAGGAAGGAAAGGAUGUACCCGAUCAUGCUGUGUUAGAAAUGAAAGCCAACUUCGUGCUGCCUGAGGCCGGAGACUUCCUGGAUGAGGUGAUCUUCAUUGAGCUGCAGCGUGAAGAGGCAGAUGCCCUCAUCAAGCAGUACAACGAGGAAGGGCGCAAGGCUGGCCCCCCACCCGAAAAGCGUUUCGACAAUCGCCAGGGUGGUUUCCGCGGCCGUGGAGGCAGCUUCCAGCGCUAUGACAACCACAGUGGCCCUCAGGGAGGCCGAGGUGGCUACCAGAACCGCAGUGGUCCUGGAGGAGGUGGCAACUUUCGUGGAGGUUACAGCCGUGGUGGAUACAGCCAGAAUCGCUGGGGAAACAACUAUAGAGACUCAGGUGCCCGAGGAGGCUACAACCGCAACCAACAACAGGGAGGCAGCUACAACCACAACCGCCAGGGCUCCUACAGCAAAGGUGGCUCCGGAGCCAGUGGCAGCUACAGUCAGUCUCAGCCUCAAAGCUACAAUCAAGGUUACAACCAAGGUUACAGUCAAGGCAACUACAGCCAGGGUUACAACUAUGGAAGCUAUGGCCAAUACCCAGGAUACAGCCAGAGCUACAGCCAGACACCUGCAACUACAGGCCAGUCGUACAACCAGCAGCAGCAGAACUACAACCAGCAGUAUCAGCAGUACGCUCAGCAGUGGCAGCAGUACUACCAGAACCAGAGCCAGUGGAACCAGUACUACAACCAGUACGGCAACUAUGGCAACUACGGCAACCAGCAGAACACGCAGGGCUCCCAGGGCACGCAGCAGUAGUAGCCGCAUCCUUCAUGACUCUCCAAGUCCAUUCCAUUAGCACCAUUCCUCUGCCUACCUUUUUUAUAGUCUCCAUCCUUAUCCUCACCUUCACCCAAUCUUCCUCCUCAUUACACCACUCCCGUGUGCUAAAACCUUAAGUCUUCCUUGUUUGCUUUUUUUUGUUAAGUUUUUCCCCUUUUGCCUUAGCCUUUCAUUUGACUGCAUUUCUUUUGCGCCCCAUUAAAUGUCUUUUAGUUUCAGUGGCAGUUGCCUGUUUUGCUCUUAAAGUAUUAUGUUAACAGAGAUUGACCUUCAUUCCCUAGUCUAUAUUUAUAUAUGGGAAGCAGGCAAAUUUAAAUGAGUAGCAAUGUGUGAUGUAGUUUGCUUCAGACGCUGAGUGCACAGUUGUGCUUGAAUGCUUCAUGGUUGAUUAGAGGUGGUGGGGACGCAUGACUUUACAUCCGAUCAAUUUUAAUAGAGUUCUGUAUGUAGAAAAAUAGUUUUAUGUUGAUUUUUGUCUGUCUUUAUAAGGACCACAUUUUUCUUCCUCAUGGGUUUUAAGCACACAAUCUUGUCUAGAUAACCGGAAAUUUUAACAAUAUAAUUCUGUAACACUUUAACUGUUGUUGCAUACCUGUGGAGUUUAUUAUUAUGUUCUUUUUAUUCCAUUCUUAAAAUGUCUGAUCUGAUUGGCCUCACAUUGUCUUUUCCCCCCCAUGUUUAGUGAGCAUAAUUAGCUCAUUGUGUGGUUGUAAAAGUUUUUAUACCUUGUACCAUGUUUGUAAAACAUUAUCCGCAUGUGGUUUUGUGUCAGAUCAAAACUCACUGUUUUUUGUAUUGAAGAAUAUAAUCUGAAGAAUUGA